CUUCUUCUUCUUCUUUGUUCUUCUCUCUCAGCUCAGCACAGAUCCCCUAAGAAAGUUUCCAUCUUUGUCAAGAAAUGAAACCCAGAACUCCAAAAGCGUCAAUCUUUGCUCUGUUUCUUGCUGAUUGAGCUCUUUCUGGGUUCUGGGUCUUGUGCUCCAAUGGAAACCAGCAAGACCCAGAAGAGAAAGAAGUGGUUUUUACCACUGGUGCUGUCUCUGCUCCUCUCCACUUUCCUCAUCUUCAUCACUGUCUUCACUUCUUCAAGCUCAUCUGCUUCAAGACUCUACAAGACCCACGUCAGAAACAACGUCCCACACUUCGUGGAGUCAAACUCAAAGCUCAAAGUUUCUGACACUAACAAGGACCCAGUACCCAGAUUGGCUUACUUGAUCUCCGGCUCAAUGGGGGACUGUGAGAGCUUGAAGAGGACACUCAAGGCUCUGUACCAUCCGAGGAAUCAGUAUGCUGUGCACUUGGACCUUGAGGCUUCGCCGGAGGAGAGGUUGGAGCUGGUGAGGUUUGUGAGGAGUGAGCCCAUGUUUGAGAAGCUUGGGAAUGUGAGAGUUGUGGUGAGGGCUAAUUUGGUGACUUACAGAGGGCCAACAAUGGUGAGCAAUACGCUUCAUGCCGCGGCGAUUUUGCUGAAGGAAGGUGGAAAGUGGGAUUGGUUUAUCAAUUUGAGUGCUUCUGAUUAUCCUUUGGUGACCCAAGAUGAUAUGCUUCAUGUAUUGUCAUCCAUUCCAAGAACUCUCAACUUCAUAGAGCAUACCAGUGACAUCGGCUGGAAGGAGUAUCAGAGGGCAAAACCGAUUAUAAUUGACCCAGGGCUGUAUAGUGUACAAAAGUCAGAUGUAUUCUGGGCACCAGAGAAAAGGAGUGUUCCAAGUGCAUAUAAGCUGUUUACAGGUUCUGCUUGGAUGAUGCUCUCCCGUCCUUUUGUGGAAUACAUGGUCUGGGGGUGGGACAACCUCCCAAGGAUAGUCCUUAUGUAUUAUGCCAACUUUCUUUCUUCACCAGAAGGUUAUUUCCACACAGUCAUCUGUAAUGCUGAGGAGUUUCGAAACACUACUGUGAGCCAUGAUCUUCACUUCAUAUCAUGGGACAACCCCCCGAAACAACACCCACAUUUCCUCACCAAUGAUGACUACGAGCUCAUGGUAGACAGCAAUGCCCCCUUCGCCAGGAAAUUUGGCAGGAAUGAGUCCGUUCUCAGCAAGAUCGACUCUGAGCUUUUAGGCUGCAAUGCUGAUGGGUAUGUACCAGGAGGAUGGUUUGGUACUGGAACAAAUGGAAAUGCUACCGUUCCGGAUUACACAAUAAAAAAUGUGACCACUCUUAGGCCAGGUCCAGGUGCUGAAAGACUAAAACGUCUCAUCACUGGUUUAAUAUCUGCAGAGGAUUUUCAUGCGAAACAAUGUGCCUGAUAUCCGAAGAGUCCAGAUAAACGAUUAUUCUAAUCCUAUACCUAGUAGGCAGAAAUGGCAGACUAUUGAUCUUAAUAAUGGUUCACAUGGCAGAUAGCAGGUUAUAGAAACUUAGUGGGAAUGAGAAUUAUCACCUUCCCAGCAUAUAUAUGAUUAUAUUCAUUACCUCAUCUCAAUAUUGAGUGCGAUAUUCUUUUAGUUCAAAAGCUGAAAGUGCGUACUGUAAUGUAUCAUUUAGUUUACAUAAUCAGAAGAGUCAUAAAUGCUUGCAUGUU